AUGCCGGAUACUGAAAUCUCAUCUUCUGCUGUUAAUGCGGCUUGCUCGGAUUCGAAGGAAUCAGAGUCGAUCAAGGAGUCAACGUCACUAGGCGCAGAUUCCAAGGGCGCGGAUGUCACUGAUGAAGGUGUAAAGGAAAAGAAAGAGGAAAAGGGCAAUGGAUUGAUUGACAACAUAGACAUCAGUAGAGAGGCGCGUAACCGUGUGAAACUGUACGUUCUAUGCGAUCAGAGAGUCUGGGAUGAUCGUGGGACGGGUCAUGUGGCUUGUGUUCAGAUUCCAGAUCAGCAAGGCUUUGUUAUUAUUGUCAGGCUAGAAUCUGCCACUAGCGGAGCAGAUAAAAAUGUGCUGGAGUCGAAAAUCCUAAUGGACACUGUCUAUCAGAAGCAACAA